AUGGUUUCCGCUUCGCUACAUUUUCAGGCGCGGAUAGUUGUUGUCUUAUUAUUGUUGCAGUGCUCGUUCGUCGUCAUCGUCCAAAGCGUAUCGUCGCCUGCACCGUCCUAUCCACCGCUAUUCCAAUCAGCACUGAAAUUUUUGGGAGAAACACUGGUAUGGGAAUCCAGCGAAACCGUCGACCGGGCGAAGGUGCUUCCCGAAUACGAUUUUAUCGUGGUCGGGGCCGGCAGCGCUGGAUCGGUAGUGGCGAGCAGACUGUCCGAAGUCAAAAAAUUACAAGUUCUGUUGAUCGAAGCAGGUCAACAAGCCUCACACAUCAUGGACGUGCCUUUGGCCGCUCCGUUUUUACAAUUUUCCUCGAUCAAUUGGAAAUACAGAACAGUUUCGAUGAACAACUCCUGUCUAGGAUUCGAAGGCAAUCGAUGCAAAUUUCCCAGAGGCAAAGUCAUGGGUGGCAGUAGCGUACUGAAUUACAUGAUAUAUACACGUGGUAACAGAAAGGAUUACGACAAUUGGGCGGAUAUGGGAAACACGGGUUGGGAUUACAACAGCGUUUUGAAGUAUUUCAUCAAAUCGGAAAACGCCAACUUGUCACACUCCGAGCCAGGUUAUCACGGAAGAAGCGGAUUGUUGUCGGUGUCCGACGUCCCGUAUAGGACUCCAAUAGCGAAGGCUUUUGUGGAAGCAGGGUCACAAAUCGGACUUCCUGUUAUAGACGUCAACGGAGAGAAACAAGCCGGAGUCAAUUAUAUACAGGCCACCUUGAAAAACGGCCUCCGUCACAGUACGAACGCAGCGUUUCUUUUCCCAGCUAAAAGGAGAUCAAACUUGCACGUAAAAAAGUUCAGCACAGUAACCAAGAUACUGAUAAACAAAUCAACGAAGAAAGCGAUCGGCGUGGAGUUCGUCAGGAGCGGAAAAAAAACCAGAGUGUAUGCCCGGAAGGAGGUGAUCAUUUCCGGUGGAGCCAUAAACACACCACAGCUGCUCAUGUUGUCCGGAAUAGGGCCCAAGCAACACUUGGCGGACCUUCGGAUCCCGUUGGUGGCGGACUUGCCAGUUGGCGAGAACCUGAUGGACCACGUGUCUCUGGGAGGACUGGUGGCGACGGUGAACGACACAGUAUCGAUAAGGCUCCACAAGAUAUUCAGUGACCCGUACAUUCUGAACGACUUGCUGCAAAACCACAACGGCUUCUAUACAGUGCCGGGUGGACCUGAAGCCCUGUCUUUCGUGGACGUCAACAGUCCGGACUUGGCCGACGGACAUCCCAAUCUCGAGCUGCUGUUGGUGACGGGACUGUACUCGUCCCACGAGCUGAUGGCCAAGCUGUGCGGCAUGAGGCCCGACCUGUACGACGCAGUGUAUCGGCCCACUGAGGGUAUGGACGGGUUCACGGUGUUCCCGAUGGUGAUGCGUCCCAAGAGCCGCGGCCGCGUGUGGCUGAGGGACGACAACCCGUUCCAUCACCCGCUGAUCGACCCCAACUAUUUUGCAGACGAGGCCGACCUGGACGUGAUCGUGGCCGGAGUCCGGCUCGUCCAGCAGAUGCUGCGCACGGGCCCGAUGAGGUCACUCAACGCCACGAUCCUGGAAACGCCGCUUCCGGGUUGCGCGCAACACGUGUUCGACACGGACGCGUACUGGAAGUGUGCCAGCAGACAGAUAUCGUUCACGAUCUAUCACCUGUCCGGCACGUGCAAGAUGGGACCGGUCACAGAUCCGACGGCCGUCGUGGACCCGAGGUUGCGCGUGCACGGCGUCAGCGGCCUGAGAGUGGUGGACGCGUCGAUCAUGCCGGAAGUGCCGGCGGCUCACACCAACGCCCCGACGAUCAUGAUCGCGGAAAAAGCGUCCGACAUGAUUAAAGAGGACUGGGACGUACGGACGUAG